GUCUUUUUUCUCUUAAAACCAGAAGUGAAAGAUGCGAAAAAUUCCCCCUCCGCGCUCCGGGAUUCCGGCUCUGUCCCAACGGCCGCCCCGGGGGCUUGCGCCCGCUGCUCGCGCGGCCGCCAUUAGGGCCGUCAGGGGCGGGAAAACCGAGAGCCACUUGAGGGAGCGGGCGGGAGCGGCCCUGCGGAGCGCCCAUCUCUGCGGUGUUUCCCGACCGCGCCACAGCCACGCACAGCAGCUGAUGUUGUACUUCAUUCCUGGCUUUCUAUCUGUUAAUAAGAUAACGAUGACGAGCAGCGCACAGAAACCUGAUGAAAGUAGAAGUAAACGCAGGAAAGAGCUGGAGGCUGAUGAUACAGAAAGCCCUCAGCUGUCCUCUGCUGACACAGCAGACCCGAUGCUUUCAGACAGCCUGCAGUCCCUGUACAAACCUGAGCCCCUGGAUCAGCUGCUAGAUGAGAUGAAUAAAGAAAUCAAGAACUUGUUGGCAAAGUAUGCCCACAUCUUAAGUGAGAGAGCAGCAAUGGAUGCUUCUUACGUGCAAGAGCUUGAUGGAAUCGUGAAAGAAGCGAGAACAAUAGAAAACCACUUAAAACAGAAAAAGGAGAAUCUGAAGCAGAGAUUCACUAUGAUUGCAAAUACUCUGCAAAGCUAAACGAAGUUUGUUACAUUGUAGAAAUGCUCAUUGUUGUAAUAAACUUUUAUACAUAAAAUUCAUAAACAAUUCUGGAUGUGAUGAAUGCUUCAUACAUAUCUUCUGUAAGUAUUUCUAGCAGUUCAGGAAACAUUUGUCAACUUACUUAUUUUUUUAAAUAAGUAUAUGCACUAUAAAGAGUAGAGAUAGUACAAAAGAUGCAAAAUAUUUAUUUUGAAUCCCACAGUGACUUCAAGGGAUUCUACAGAUUAGAACAGCAUUACUUAUUUGCUGAUCCAUUGUUCAGACUGUCCCUAUGCUUCCAUCCCAAGAAAAUUAAAUUUUGGUACCCAAAUCGUAGUAGAAUGUACCUUGAAUUUUACUUUUGUUGUUGUCUCUGAACAUAAUUGAAUAUGAUUGAAAAGAGAAGCUUAGAAAUAGGAGAGUUCUAUUAAGAGUAUUACUUUGGAAAUGUAUAACAAGAGGUUAAGUCUUAAUUUAAAUAUGUAUUUUGAUAUAUCUUCAGCUUUUCAAAUGAAAUGAAGAGUAUUUUCAUAUAAAAGUGCAUUGUCAAAACUUUUCUGGUAGUAUCAAUAAAUAAAAGAUGA